GGGAGCGUUUGUUGGUCGGUAGGAGGUGGCCGAAAAUAAGCUUUCGACUUCUCGUGGAAACCAGUCCGAGAAAGUGGCACUAUAGCUUCUUUCACUCAAAUUAUUGGACUAUCUCAUGUGAUAGCUAAGGAUAAGUGCAAGGAACGAUUGGAUAAAUGGUUCUUGAUCGGUGAAUGUUCACAUGACAGUUCGAAAAUCUGAGAAAACAAAAUCCCCCAGGAAAGAGAAUCUGAUUAUUCAACCUUGUACGAAACAUCCUUUACAGAACAGGUGGACACUCUGGUUUUUCAAAAAUGAUAAAAGCAAACCCUGGCAGGCAAAUCUUCGUCUGGUUACUAAAUUUGACACUGUGGAGGAUUUUUGGGCAUUAUACAAUCAUAUUCAGGUUGCCAGUAGGCUGACAUCAGGUUGUGACUACUCACUCUUUAAGGAUGGUAUUGAACCCAUGUGGGAGGACAGCAAAAACAAAUGUGGUGGAAGGUGGUUAAUUACUCUGUCAAAACAGCAAAGGAUGCUGGAACUAGAUCAAUUCUGGCUUGAAACAUUGUUGUGCCUUAUUGGAGAAGCUUUUGAUGAAUAUAGCAACGAUGUUUGUGGUGCUGUAAUUAAUGUUCGAGCAAAAGGAGAUAAAGUAGCAAUCUGGACCUGUGACACUGAAAAUGAAGCAGCUGUUUUGCAUAUAGGAAAAAUCUACAAGGAAAGACUUGGCCUUCCUGUUAAGGUUGUGAUUGGAUAUCAAGCACAUGCAGAUACAGCUACCAAGAGUGGAGUGGGAGUUAAAAACAAAUUCAUUGUGUGAAAAUCUUUAAUAGUAAAACUAAAAGUUUCAUAUAAAUUUUGGGAGUACUUAAUCAGUAUUUAGACAUAGACUAAAUUAAACAGUAUUAAAACCAUAGCUGUUGCUGUCUGGAUUUGACAAAGCAAUUGGUUUAUACUCAACUGUAUGGCUUUUACUUAUCACAUUGGACAACACAUGAAUGCUACAAAUUAUUUUUGUUUAAAUUAUGGGAUUUUGAAUUUUCUUUCUUUCAAAUAUAGUUAAUGUUAAAGCAACAAAGUCUGCAAAUAGUCUUGGGUGUGUAAUUAUAUUUUACUUGCAGUUUCUACUAUUCCUCAAAUACUGAGGGUAAUGGAAAAUGAUCCUUUACAUUAUAAUAUAACAGGUAUGCCAAUUACUUUUGUACAUUUGCUAUAAUUAAGAAUGAAUAAUUAUAAGAGUUUGAAUCACUUUCAAUAUAGUAUCUAAAUUUAGCAUGCUGUUCAAAGAUGUAAACUUGUUUGAAAUAAAGCAUUAUUUCAGAUUUUGCUUCCUUGUGUUAAUUUUAAACCAGCUUUAAGGAUAUGAAUGCAUUUGAGAGGGUGCA